AUGUGGGGUAAAACCAACAACAUCCAUAAAGACUGGAAUUUUCAAGGAGUCAAGAAAUUCGCAAUCAGAGCAGGGUCAGUGCCAAAGAACUACCAGCAUAACUUGGCCUUAACAUUUGCAGUAAAAGAGAUCAAUGACAAUCCCAAUCUCUUAACUAACAUCACAUUGGGGUUCCACAUCCUCAACAGCUACUAUGUUCCAAGGAUGACCUACAAAGCCACCCUGAGCUUGCUUUCCACACAGUGGAAGUUUGUGCCCAAUUUCAAAUGUGAUACACAAAACAAACUCAUAACAAUCAUUGGAGGACUUACAGCUGAUAUUUCAGUCAACACAGCCAGCAUCAUUUCCAUCUACAAGAUGCCACAGAAUUGGGAUAUAGAAAGUUUCCAUGGGGCCAUAUCCUUCACAGUGCACUCCAGUCAGCCACCUGGAUUCCAAGAAUUCCUUCAAGACAUCAGUCCUACCUGGGCAAAAGGAGAUGGUUUCAUGGAGAAUUUCUGGGAGCAGGCAUUCAGUUGUUCACUGAAAAAUUCAGAUCUUCUUAGGGACAGCAACAAGACCUGCACUGGUGAAGAGAAGCUGGAGAGCAUUCCAAUGAUUUUGUUUGAAAUGAGCAUAAUGGGCCACAGUUACAAUGUCUACAAUGCUGUCCAUGCUGUGGCACGUGCUUUACAUGGCAUCCACAUCUCCAGAACCAAGCACAGAAGACUUGCAGAAGGAAAGAAUGUGGAACCAUGGCAGGGAUGGCCUGUUUCAGUGUGCAAUGAAAACUGCUAUCCGGGUUUCAGCAGGAAAAAGAGAGAAGGAGAGAAAUUUUGCUGCUAUGAUUGUGAUCCAUGUCCGGAAGGAAUGAUCUCUGAGCAGAUGGAUAUGGAUGCUUGCAUCAACUGUCCACAAGAUCAGUAUUCCAAUGAACAGCAGAAUCAAUGUGUUCCCAAAGAAAUAAGCUUCCUCUCAUUCAAAGAACCUUUAGGAAUCAUCUUGACUUUGUUGGCUAUUUCUUUUUCCCUAAUCACAGCUAUGGUACUCAGAAUCUUUUUGAAGCACUGUGACACCCCCAUCGUCAAAGCUAACAACCAGAACCUUACCUACAUUUUCCUGAUUUCCCUCCUCCUCUGUUUCCUCUGCUCCUUGCUCUUCGUUGGACAACCUAGAAAACUGACCUGCCUUCUCCGGCAAACUAUGUUUAGCAUUGUGUUCUCUGUGGCUCUUUCUAGUGUACUGGCUAAAACCAUUACUGUGGUUCUGGCCUUUGUAGCCACAAAACCAGGAUCUAGGAUGAGGAAGUGGUUGGGGAAAAGACUAGCCAAUUCAAUCAUUCUUUCUUGCUCCUUUUUUCAAGCAGGACUUUGCAGUUUUUGGUUAAGUGCUAACCCUCCAUUUCAAGAUACAGACAUGCACUCACUGCCAGAGAAAAUCAUACUCAAAUGCAAUGAGGGCUCAGCUGCCAUGUUUUACUCUGUCUUAGGUUAUAUGGGCUUCCUGGCCACUGUAAGCUUCAUUGUGGCUUUCCUAGCCAGGAAGUUACCUGACAGUUUUAAUGAAGCCAAAUUUAUCACUUUCAGCAUGCUAGUCUUUUGCAGCGUUUGGAUAUCCUUUGUUCCAACCCACUUGAGUACGAAAGGGAAAUCCAUGGUGGCUGUGGAGAUCUUCUCUAUCUUGGCUUCAAGUGCUGGUUUACUGGGGUGCAUUUUUACCCCAAAAUGCUACAUCAUCAUGCUGAGGCCUGAGCUGAACAACAGAGAACAUGUUAUAAGGAUGAAAAUGUGA